AAUUUUUGGUAAGCUGACCACUUGGUUUGGUCGUUUGUUUCGGUCACAGGUUCCGAAGAGUGUCUCUCUGUGUUGGGCAGAGAGAGAGAGAGAGAGAGGAAGAAGUUAAAAGUUUUCCUUUUUCUUUUUGAUUGAGAUCUGAAAGAAACCAAAACAUAAUAAGAAAGAAGAAAAACAGAAGCAGGUUUGAAAGGUGAAUGAAGUUUGUGUGUUCGCGAUGGAGUUUGAUACCAUGCAUGUUGUACCAUACAUCAUUGCAAUUUGACUCUGAUUUCAGCUUCCACUUUUCUGCCUCUGAAAUGAAACCCCAAUUUCUCAACUCCUCUCUUACCCUUCAUCUUUCAGAUUCUUCAAAGCCUUUCCUUUCAAUUGAGUAAACUAUCUGAGAAACAUUCAUUCACCAUUGCAACACGUUUCAGAGGUACCAUUUCUCAAAACACUGUUUCACUUCGCUAUAGUUUCUUCACAACCUUCUUCUUCUUCUCAACGUGUGAAUGGUGCAUGCGCGCAGGAGGAAGUGAGUCCCUUUGGUUUCUAAAGAAGGGUGCUUUAAAGUUUGUCACUUUCUUCAAUUGGGGUGUGAAAAUUCAUUAUUUCAAACCCACAUUCUUCAUCAUCUAGAUUCUCAAGUAGACACAAAUUUUCUGUGUUUGAAGUUUGAACGAGGGAACCCUGAGAGAGAGAGUUUGAUGACAAGGGUGUUUUCAAUGAAGGAGGGUGAGAAGAGCUUGGAUCCACAACUGUGGCACGCGUGUGCAGGUGGCAUGGUUCAGAUGCCACAAGUGAACUCCAAAGUAUUCUACUUUCCACAAGGGCAUGCGGAGCAUGCUCAUACCAACGUUGAUCUGAGGGUUCCACCACUCAUUCUAUGCAAGGUUGCUGCAGUGAAAUUCAUGGCAGACCCAGAAACCGAUGAGGUUUUUGCCAAGAUAAGCCUGGUUCCUCUCAAAAGCUCAGAGCUUGGUUAUGAUGAAGACGGGGGUGACGAAGUGUUGGAAACUUCAGAAAAGCCUGCAUCUUUUGCCAAAACUUUGACCCAAUCAGAUGCUAACAAUGGUGGGGGGUUCUCAGUUCCAAGGUACUGUGCUGAAACCAUCUUUCCUCGGCUUGAUUACUCGGCUGAACCACCGGUUCAGACCGUGGUUGCAAAGGAUGUUCAUGGUGAGUUGUGGAAGUUUAGGCAUAUAUAUAGAGGCACACCACGUAGGCACUUGCUUACAACUGGGUGGAGCACUUUCGUGAACCAGAAGAAACUGGUUGCUGGUGAUUCAGUGGUGUUUCUGAGGGCUGAGAAUGGGGAUCUUUGUGUUGGGAUUCGUAGGGCUAAGAAGGGUAUUGGGGGUGGUGGUUCUGAGGCCUCAUCUGGGUGGAGCUCAGCUUCAGGUAAUUGUGGUGUUGGGGCUUACGGUGGUUUCUCGUUUUUCAUGAGAGAGGAGAACAAGAUGUUGAGGAAUGGUUGUGGUGGUCUGAGUGGAAGAGCAAGAGUGAGGCCUGAAGCUGUUGUGGAAGCUGUGACACUAGCUGCUAGCAAAUAUCCAUUUGAAGUUGUUUAUUAUCCGAGAGCUAGCACUCCUGAGUUUUGUGUUAAGGCUUCUGCUGUUAGGGCGGCUAUGAGAAUUCAAUGGUGUUCUGGGAUGAGGUUCAAGAUGCCCUUUGAAACUGAGGACUCUUCCAGGAUAAGUUGGUUCAUGGGAACCAUUGCUUCUGUUCAGGUUGUUGAUCCCAUCCGCUGGCCCAAUUCCCCAUGGCGACUUCUUCAGGUUACUUGGGACGAGCCAGAUUUACUACAAAAUGUGAAGCGUGUUAGCCCGUGGUUGGUUGAAUUGGUAUCAAACAUGCCAGCCAUCAAUUUCACACCCUUCUCUCCUCCAAGGAAGAAGCUACGGUUUCCACAACACCCGGACUUUCCACUUGAUGUUCAGUUUCCAAUACCAACGUUUUCAGGCAACCAGCUUGGGCCUAACAACCCCUUGUGUGGUUUAUCUGAUAAUGCUCCUGCAGGCAUACAGGGAGCCAGGCAUGCUCAAAUUGGAAUAUCUUUAUCAGAUCUCCACCUUAACAAUAAACUGCAGUUGGGGUUGCUUCCAACUAAUAGCCAGCAACAUGAAGUGCAUAGUGGGAUUUCAAAUGGCAACAUGACAAAUCAUGAUAAGAGCAAAGAAAGCUUGUCAUGCUUGCUGACCAUGGGAAAAUCUAAUAAGAGUUUGGAGAAAUCUGACGGUGUUGAGAAACACCAAUUCUUGCUUUUUGGUCAACCAAUACUCACUGAGCAACAAAUUUCUAGAGGGUGUUCUAGAAAUGCAUUGUCUCAUAAUUUUACUAGAAAAAAUUCGCUAGAUGAGGAUAAGGACAAAGAAAAGUGCUUUUUUGAUGACUCUCAAUCUACGUUCUCACAGCAGUUUUCACCUGGAAAAGAUUCUGCUGCUGAAUUUUCUUGGCAACUUGGCUUGGAUACUGGUCAUUGCAAGGUUUUCUUAGAGUCAGAAGACGUGGGAAGGACACUGGACCUAUCUCGUCUUGGUUCUUAUGAAGAGCUUUAUAGGAGACUUGCCAACAUGUUUGACAUAGAAAGAUCUAAGAUUUUCAACCACGUGUUCUACCGUGAUGCAACAGGUGUGGUCAAGCAAACUGGAGACGAACCCUUCGGUGACUUCAUGAAGACAGCAAAAAGAUUGACAAUUUUGACAAACUCUGGCAGCAAAAGUGUUAGAAGGGCCUGGAUAACAGGAACUCGGAAUGGUGAACAUGGAUUGGAUGCAUCAAAUAAAACAGGUCCUCUGAGCAUAUUUGCUUAAUAUGGUGUAGCAUCUGAGAUAUUGUUGAGAUUUGAGUAGUUUAAGGACAGUUUUAACUCUAUUCACCUCUGCAAAGACUGAAUAUGCUACACAAAUCUUUAAUCAAUGUUACUGUGUACCCAAAAAAAAUAUUUUAUCUAGGAUGGUAUUGUUGGUUACUUAAAGUGUACAAAUGAUGAUACACUUAUCAUGGUCAACUAUUAUUGUAAUAUUAACCAAGAUUCGGACCCCAUUUGGCAAUUUGCUUUUUCUCCAUUGGGCUGCCUACGUGUCUCCACGUCACUAGUUCUUCAUAAAUUGAGGAAAGGCAUGCAUGUAUGUGUAUUUGGUGUGUGGAUGCACAGAUUAAUGCGUCAUCUAUUUGUGAUAAUGUCUGCCAUUUUGUUGGUCCAAGGGAAAUGUAGCUUUCAUUAGUAAUUAGCCAUGACUCAUCAUCAUCAUUAUCUUUUUCCUCUAUUUGUUUCCGUGAAGUAACUACUUCUAACUACAUUAGAUGCACCCUCUUUGCAAUGGAAUGCCUAUAAACUUUUCAAAGAAACUUAAGGAUAGUUUGUUUUCAGGAACUUUUUUUGUUUUUAUUCUUAUAUUUAUUAUAAUUUUUAAUUCUGAUUUUUUUAUUUUUAUAGAUUUAUGAGUAAACAAUAUAUUUUUAUUGGUUAUUUUUUAAAUCUUUAAGAAUAGAAAAUAUAAUAAUGAGUUUUAUCAUAAAUUGUUAAGAAUAAAAAUAGAUUUUUUUAAUUAAAUAAUUCCAUUUUUCGACGUUGUUUCUUUGAUUGAUAUUUUCAUUAUCAUCCUUUUCCUUCGUACAUAAUUAAUCAAUGAGAUAGUUAGUGUGUUUAAUUUAAUGUAUUUUGAGAAGGUGAUAGUUCAUCUUAUCAAUCUUCUUAAAGGAAUUUUGCUUCGUACUUAGUGUUCAUUUGAUUUGAAAUUCAGUAGAAUUAUUUUGAUAGAAGUUGUUUUUAAUCGUUAAAUGUGAUUAAAAUGUAUGUAUAUCUUUAUCCGAAUCACAUUUACAUUGAAAUGUGAUUUUUUUAUGAGAAAGUAACAACUUUAAAACAUAUUAUUAGAAAGGAAGUAGGCGAAAAUUUAAGUAACUUGGUUAGAAAGUUGCUAAAUGCAAACUUAAUACACACAAAUAAUGAUUAAAAAUGUUAAUUUUAUAUUAAAAAGGAAGUAUUUAAUAAAAUAUAAUUGAGUUAUAUAAUUCACAUAUUUUUAGUGUCGUCCCUAUCAAUUUCCACUGUCCAUUUAACUGUAAUCUUUCAAAUUUCAAAAGAACAAUUCGAUUGUGUCAUUGCACCUACUUUAUUCCAAUAUUGAGCAUGUAUUU